AUGGCGGAGCCCUCCGGCCUGCGGGCCGCGCUGCAGGAGCACGAGGCCCGCCCGUGCCAGGCGCUGGCGGCGAAUCAGGCGUCGCUGAAGCAGUCCUUCGUUGGGCACUCCCCGCAGUUCGGCACGGUCGGGCUGGCAGAGGCACUGUCGCCCAGCGAGGUCGCCGAUGAGCGGGUCUGGUGGUCGGAGGCGUUGACGGCGCAGGUGAUCCGGACCACAGCGGCGCAGACGCAGCAGAUUCUGAGCUUCGUCUCGGAGGAGAUCCAGAAGCAGACGGAGGUGCUGCAGUUCUUCCUCGCGGCGAGUACCCGGAGCGCCGCCGCGGAAGCCCCCCCGGGUGGCGAGGCGCACGCGCUGUCGCCACGGCCGCGCGAUGGCGCGCCGCGCGGCGGCCUGGAGGCGCUGCUGGAGCAGGAGAUAAGCGAGCGUCGCGCCAGCGAGACUGGCCUGCGCAAGGUGAUGGAGGAGCAGGGCGCGGCGCUGGAGGGCAUGUCCCGCGCCCUGGCCGGGCUCGAGGCGCUGCUGCGGCCGCCCGGCGGCGCGCCCGAGGCCCCGCCCGCGGCUCCGCCAGCGGCCGAGUGCGUCCCGGACGUGGGCGAGGCGUCCGAGCGGAGCGCGCCCAUGAAGCACGAGCAUGUCAGCAUGGAGUGGCCGGGCAUGGAGUUGCGGAAGCAGUGCAGGAGAUUAUGCCACAGCCGCCAAUUCGUUUUGUUCACGGUGUGCAUGAUCGUAGCAAAUUCGGCUCUUCUCGGAUUUGAGGCGAACGAGGCUAUGACUUCUCCAGACUUGACUUUGCCGGACGGUCUUGCGUACCGAAUCGCCCACGCGAGUUUUGCCCUGGUGUUCGUGAUAGAGCUUGCAUUGCGCUGGUUCGGCGACGGUGGGCGGGAUUGGGGUGAUAUUGCAGAGCCGUUCAUGGAGAUACAUUGGAUGUUGGCGUUCUUCGUGAAAGCGGCUGGAGAGCUCUCGGCGUCGCAUUCUCUGUCGGAUCAGAAAAUUAGGCGAGAAGACUUCAUCACGCUGAUGAAGUCGAAAACGAACGUGAAGUUCCUGGAGGAGAACGGGUUGGACUUGUGCUUUGCAGGGACAGGCUGGUUGGAGCAGCUGUUCAACAUCAUGGACGAGGACGGCAAUGGCGACCUGGACGUGAGCGAGUUCGUGAACAACCUCUACGAUCUCAAGGGGCCCGCCCGCGCCCUUGAGCAGAAGCUGGAGCACCAGAAGAUCAUGGGCAUGAUCGACGCACUGCGCACAGACUCCAUGCAGGCGAGCGGAGCCCUCUGCGCGGGCACCGCUUCCACGUCCCUGCUCUCGGCGAUUUGGAACCUCUCCGUUGAGCGCCUGCACGCCCUGUUCGUCGUCCUCUUCGGCUGCGUCACGGCGGUCUUCGAAUUCGGCGGCUUCUUGCUCUUCGCCAGUUUGGCGCUGCGCGUCGACCUGUGGUUCUUCCUGGUCCCCCGCGCCCCAGCCGCCGCUGCGGCGCGCCCGGCCUCAGCGGGCGGCGCGGCGGACGGGGGCGCGAGCGAGAACCUGCGCAACCGUGUAUUGCGCGCUGCAACUCCGCAGCUUGGCCAGCGCACGGGGCGCGCGUCAGCGCAGCCUGCCCUCGAUGCCAGGUUUGCGAUUGCAGCGCUGGACCUCAGGGCCCGGAUUCUCGGCGUGGCGACGCCUCUGCGGGCAGAGGCUGGUGCAGCUCGCCUGAGGCGAGACGCGCGGUCUCGAAGCAGGCCGCGGCUGCUGCUGGCGGCGGCCGGCGCCUAA